AUGGCACCUUGGCGAUUGCAGAUGGGGAGGACUAAAAGGCUGCUGGAUCUGUACUGCGGGGCAUGCCGCUACCGCAUGCAAGCGCCUCAGGCAUUUUCCCUGUUGUUCCAGCAGCAGCCUGAGUUGUUGCUGAAAUCGUUGCAGAAAGGAGCACAGCAGCGGCAGCCGAGCUCAGCAGCAGCUCAAGUAGCAGCAGCAACAAGGAAAGCAGCGGGGGCACUUGAAGCCACAGAGUCUCAAGAAGCGCACGCGCUCCCUCCCCAGCAGCACACUGCCACCCUCCUUCCUUGUCGCUCCCGCGAGGCAGCAGCCUUAGCUCUGGAGCAGCAGCAACAGAAUGCAAUAGGAGAUCUGCCGCAGCCACUUGCCCGGCGUUUUUCUCUCUUGUCUCUUGCAUCCUCUGCAUCGCACGUGCAGCGCCAGGCCGCUGUGUUGCGCCUCUCUCUGGCGGGGAAUCCGCUCAUCGGAACCCGGCGGCAACGAGGUGUAUAUACACCGCAGAGCCCCUCCAAUAAAACUGCAAGCUCCCUCAACAGUGCUGGGGUCGCUUGUCCUCAAUGCGGAAGCCGAGGUAAAUGGAAGGCUCCACAGGGAACAUCAGUCUGA